CUUUCUGCUCUGCCCAUACCGUCAUGUCCAUCAAUACCACAAACCCAUACGCGGGCCACCCCCAGCUCUCUCCUCUCGAGGCUGAGGUGCUCUGGGAAUAUGCCAAGCUGGCGGACAAGGUCAAGCGGAUCACCGCACUGGUUCGUCAGACUCUCGACAAGCCCAACUCAAGGCUUUUGGAAGAGCUGCGUGAGCUCGAGAAGGAGAUGAAGCUCGUAUUGACGAUGUACCGCGCCGCCGUUUACAACGUCACACAGGCAGAGGAGAUGCGUGAGGCAGAGCGCGAAGCUGCCGCCGCCAAGGCUGCAUUGCAAGAACAGAGCCGCGAGCGAUCCCCUGGCACGAACUGGGAAGAUGAGGGCUCGACCAUCAUGUACUAGCCUCCCUUUGCUCUCCCGCAUAGACCCUCUGUAUGUACUUUUAUGCAUUGUCUUCUUCUGAG